AAACAAAGAGCUGGAGACCAGAAACAAAGAGAUGGAGGAGAUAAAAUAUAAGAACAGCAGCAGCUCAGACAGUCAGGAGACGUUAAGAGGCAUCGAUGUGGUGGUUAAUGACAACUGCAUUAUCGGUCUCAUUAACCGGUCUGGUCAGGAGAAACCACUGGGAGGACGUCAGUUAAAAGUCCAGAUCAACAAUAGUGAACCCAUCACAUACACAUUUCAUCCAUCAAUGAAACUCAAGGCUGGAGAGGAAGUUACUAUAUGCCAUCCUGACUAUAAGCAGUUUAGUGCUGCUAAAGGUGACCUGGUCUGGAAGGACCUGGAGUCCUGGAUGCCUGAAGACAGAGUCCAGGUCUCUCUGCAGUGAAAUAGUUCCCAGUUAAACUCCUUCAAUAAAGUUCAGUAAUCCAGCAAACAGCAACAUUAUAGAUGAGAAACAGCACGACUCAGAUCUUCCUGCAGAA